AUGAGUAUAACAUCAAAAUCUGUCAAAGUACGAAAUUAUUCCAUAGCAUUUGUCGUCGGAAUAAUUACAGGAAUUGCAUGGUGGAUUGAAAUCGAUAUAUUAUCGCGAUCAAAACCAAAGGAAUUUGAUCGUCGAAAUAUCAUUCCAGCCGCAUUUAUUACGUUGAUGCUUUUUAUAUUACAUUUUAUUCCAGAUGUGGUUUUGCAAACAGAUGAUGGAAUAUUUGGCGGAAGAAACGAUCGAUACUGUUAUAAUUCAAAAUGUGCUCAAAUAUCAUUAUUUGUUGUAUUCAUUAUCAUAUUUUGUGGGGUUGCAGCAUCCAUUUGGAUCUUCGUUACGGAUUAUGCAAUAAAAACCAAACCGGAGAAAAAAGGAUCAGUAAUGUGGUUUGGAGCUGGUAAUAUGUUGACAUGUUUAUUGCUUACAAUUGCGGCACUACUCGGCAGAUUUGGACGGAGAGAAUCAGAGUCAAUGAUAUUUUAG